GAUUGUGGAAGUGCCGCCGCAAGAUGACCUCUCUGCAGCGUUGGGAGUUUGCCAAAUGAUGAAGAAUGGUAUAAUGGGCAUAUUUGAUGCAGCAUCCGUGUCAACUUCAUCUACAGUUUUGUCCAUUUGUGACACAAUGGAAAUGCCUUUGAUGACUGCUCGUUGGGACCCAGAUCAGCGAAGACAGGCUUGUAUGGUAAAUGUUCAUCCUCAUCCUUCAGUUUUGGUGAAAGUUUUCGUAGACUUGGUCAGAGAGAAAGGAUGGAAAACUUUUACCAUAUUGUAUGAAUCUGGAUCAUGGUUGCCGAGGAUGGCGGAUCUACUCAAAUAUUAUGAUAGAGAUGGUCAUACAAUAACUGUACGAGAACUUGAUUUAGGGCUUAAUGGUAUCUACAGACCAGUUCUGAGAAGAGUUAAAAAAUCUGGAGAAACAAAUAUGAUCUUAGAUUGUUCCAUAGAAAAAUUACCUGAAGUACUUAUCCAAGCGCAACAGGUAGGAUUAAUGUCUGACCAACACCAAUUUAUAAUUACUUCUUUAGAUCUGCACACAAUUGAUUUAGAGCCUUUUCAACAUGGAGGUACUAAUAUAACGGGUGUGAGAAUUGUAGAUCCUGAUGAUCCUGUUGUUAAUUUCACUAUUAGAAAUUGGAUGCUUCAUGAAGAAAGAAGAGGUAAAGUUUUGCCAGAAUCAUUAAUGGCCAAGAAUCUACGAUCAGAUGCUGCUCUUUUGUACGAUUCGGUGAUUCUGUUUACAGUUGGACUCAAACAGUUGAAUAAAUCUCUAACAAUUACAUCUAGACCUUUGGAAUGUUUUAUGUAUGAUGAUGUCUGGGAAAAAGGAUCUAAUUUGAUUACAUACAUGAAAUUAAAUCAAGCAAUUGGUUUAACAAGAACCAUAAAAUUCGAUCACGAAGGAUUUCGGAAGGAUUUCCUACUAGACGUAGUCGAAUUAGGAUCAGCCGGUCUGGUAAAAAUAGGCAGUUGGAAUUCUACUGAAGGACUUAAUAUUACUCGAGAAUAUGAAACACCAUUAGAAUAUGGUGAAGAUAUUAGUUUGAGAAACAAAUCAUUCAUUGUUCUUACAGCUAUUAGUCCUCCUUAUGGUAUGUUGAAAGAUUCUAGUGUAAAAUUAAAUGGAAAUGAUCGAUUUGAAGGAUUUGGAAUAGAAUUGAUUGAUGAGCUAUCUAAAAUGCUUGGUUUCAACUAUACUUUUCAUAUUCAAGAAGAUGGGGUAUAUGGUUCUCUUAAUAGACAAACUGGCGAGUGGAAUGGCAUGAUGAAAGAACUACUGGAAUAUAGAGCUGAUUUGGCGAUAACAGAUUUGACCGUCACAUCUGAUCGAGAUAGUGCAGUAGAUUUUACUAUGCCUUUCAUGAAUUUAGGAAUACAAAUUCUAUAUAAGAAACCAAGACGAGAACCACCGUCACUCUUUUCCUUCAUGUCACCAUUUUCCAAAGAAGUGUGGCUCUAUUUGGGUGCAGCUUACGUUGGCGUUUCAUUAUUAUUUUUCAUGUUAGGAAGAUUAUCGCCUGCAGAGUGGGAAAAUCCAUUUCCUUGUAUUGAGGAACCUGCAUUGCUAUAUAAUCAAUUUAGUUUGAAAAACUCGUUUUGGUUCACGAUAGGAUCUCUUCUGCAGCAAGGAUCUGAAAUUGCUCCAAGAGCUGCGUCUACAAGAAUGGUGGCCAGUAUUUGGUGGUUCUUUACCCUAAUUAUGGUAUCUUCAUACACUGCCAACUUAGCCGCUUUCUUAACAGUAGAAUCCGUGUCUUCUCCAAUUAAUAGCGCAGAAGAUUUAGCAAAUCAGAAAACUAUAAAAUACGGUGCCAAACGCGAUGGAUCCACAAUCAGUUUUUUUAAAGAUGCAGAAUAUCCGACGUAUCAGAAAAUGUACCAAUACAUGAUGGAUAAUCCCGAUAUGCUGACUUCCUCGAAUCCCGAAGGAGUUGCUCGUGUGAAAAAUGAGAAUUAUGCAUUUCUCAUGGAGUCAACUUCGAUUGAUUACAUGGCUGAGAGGGAAUGCGAUAUUACGGCAGUGGGAGGACUUCUAGAUGAUAAGGGAUAUGCAAUCGCCAUGAGAAAAUUUUCUCCAUACAGAGAUGCUCUUAGUACAGCCGUUCUUCGAUUGCAGGAGCAAGGUAAACUUGCUGCAAUGAAGAUCAAGUGGUGGAAAGAAAAACGUGGUGGAGGUGCAUGCUCUAGUGGAGCAAUGGAUAAGGACAAAGCAGAUGAACUUGGUCUACCUAAUGUUGGUGGAGUUUUUGCAGUUUUAGUACUUGGAAGUAUAGGAGCGUUUGUUGUAAAUGUAUUUGAGGGCCUGACUGAUGCUAUGAGGCGCGCCCGAAAACACAACGUUUCUUUUAAAGAAGAAGUGAAGGCAGAUUUUCGUUUCGUAUUAAAGUGCAGUGGAAAAACGAAACCUGUUCGACACCGAUCUUCAUCUUCUAAUUCGAGAUCAGAUUCCGACAUGGAAGCCGAUUCCAUAGAGUCGAUAGAAUAUCACAGCCCCAAAGGAAACGUUCGAGAUCGACUGAAUGCGUUGCCUUACGGUUUUUCUGUGGAUAAUGAUAAGCUGCGGAACUAA